AUGCACGUGCCCAUUGACUUGUUUCCUUUCUCCAACCCUCUUUUCCUUUUCAAAAGAUGUCCAAGCUACAUAGAACCACAAAAUCUAACAAGGGUUUCAGAAUUCAUCCUCACGGGACUCUCAGGUGAUCUAGAACUGCAGCCCCUUCUCUUUGGGCUGUUCCUGUCCACGUACCUGGUCAGUGUGCUCGGGAACCUGCUCAUCAUCCUGGCCGUCAGCUCUGACCCUCACCUCCACACCCCCAUGUACUUCUUCCUCUCCAACCUGUCCUUGGCUGACAUCGGUUUCACCUCUACUACCAUCCCCAAGAUGAUCGUGGACAUCCAAACUCAGAGCAGAGGCAUCUCCUAUGUGGGCUGCCUGACUCAGAUGUCUUUUUUUAUGCUUUUUGGAUGUUUGGAUAGUCUCCUCCUGGCUGUGAUGGCAUAUGACAGGUUUGUGGCCAUCUGCCACCCCCUGUGCUACUUGGUCAUCAUGAACCCUCGCCUCUGUGGCUUGUUGGUUUUGGCAUCACUUUUCAUCAGCGUUUUGGUCUCUCAGAUGCACAAUUCGAUCGUGUUACAACUUACCUACUUCAAGGAUGUGGAAAUUUCUCAUUUCUUCUGUGACCCGUCUCAGCUCCUCAACCUUGCCUGUUCUGACACUUUCUCCAAUAACGUAGUCAUGUAUUCUGUUGGUGCCAUCUCUGGGUUCCUCCCCAUCUCAGGGAUCUUUUUCUCUUACUAUAAAAUUGUUUCUUCCAUUCUGAGAGUCCCAUCAACAGGCGGGAAGUACAAAGCGUUCUCCACCUGUAGCUCUCACCUGUCAGUUGUUUGCUUAUUUUAUGGAACAGGACUCGGGGUGUAUCUCAGUUCAGCUGUGUCAACAUCUCCCAGGAAUGGUGCAGUGGCCUCAGUGGUGUAUACUGUGGUCACCCCCAUGCUCAACCCUUUCAUUUACAGUCUGAGGAACAGGGAAAUCCAUAGGGCCAUGCAGAGGCUCUUCAGGAAAAUAAUCUAA